CGCUGAUCGGGGACAUGGCAGACAAGAGGAGGUCACCUUGUACCAUGAGCCUCAAGGCACACGCCUUCUCCGUGGAAGCGCUCAUCGGGGCUGAGAAGCAGCAGAGGAAGAAGAAGAGGAAGCUGGAGGAUGGACAUGCCGAGAGAAGCUCUGCCGAAGGAUCGGAAUUAGCUUCCAUCCAGCAGUCCGCGGUCCCUGACCUGGAGCACUCUGUGUGCGGCAUACUGGGAGCUUGUGAGUGUGAGGACGCCUAUGGUGGAGUGAAGGCAGCAGCUGGGACAUGCAGUCCCCCAUUGGCGUCCCCUGUUGUUUCGGCCACGGUGGGCUCAUCUUCCUCGGUGAUUCGUGUGGAUCUGCAGGGAGCAGAGUUGUGGAAGCGCUUUCAUGAGAUCGGCACAGAGAUGAUCAUCACUAAGGCCGGGAGGCGGAUGUUUCCAGCUAUGAGAGUGAAGAUCUCUGGGUUAGAUCCACAUCAACAAUACUAUAUAGCCAUGGAUAUAGUGCCUGUGGACAAUAAAAGAUAUCGUUACGUCUACCACAGUUCAAAAUGGAUGGUUGCUGGCAACGCAGACUCUCCAGUACCCCCACGUGUUUAUAUCCAUCCAGACUCCCCAGCUUCUGGCGAGACUUGGAUGAGACAAGUCAUUAGUUUUGACAAAUUGAAACUAACGAAUAACGAGCUGGAUGACCAAGGUCAUAUUAUUCUUCAUUCAAUGCACAAAUAUCAGCCACGUGUCCAUGUGAUCCGAAAAGACUGUGGGGAUGAACUGUCUCCAGUAAAACCAAUUCCAGCAGGAGAAGGCGAGAAGGCAUUCACAUUCCCAGAAACGAUAUUUACUACAGUUACAGCAUACCAGAAUCAACAGAUAACACGAUUGAAGAUUGACAGGAAUCCUUUUGCAAAGGGAUUUAGAGAUUCUGGGCGAAACAGGAUGGGUUUAGAAGCCCUUGUGGAAUCAUAUGCAUUUUGGAGACCAUCUUUAAGGACUCUAACAUUUGAGGAUAUACCUGGCAUCCCAAAACAGGGCCAUGCAGGCACUUCCUCUUUCCUCUCUGGAUCUGGAGCUGCAGCCACUCAUCCACAUCUAUUACCAGGUUCUCCAUGCUCUUCUCCUGCUUUCCACCUUGGAGCAAACACAAGUCAGCUUUGCAGUCUGAGUCCUGGAGAUUAUUCCGCCUGUGGUCGUUCUGGCCUUGCACUUAAUAGAUACAGCACAUCACUUGCUGAAACCUAUAACAGACUCACCAACUCGGCUGGCGAAACCUUUGCAACCCAAAGAACCCCUUCUUAUGUUGGAAUGGCGAGCAGCACCACAGUAAAUAUGUCAAUGCCCGGAGCUGACAGUGACAACUUUGGAUGUCCUCAAACAAGCCUAUCCAUGCAAAUUUCAGGAAUGUCUCCUCAGCUCCAAUAUAUCAUGCCUUCACCAACAAGCAAUGCAUUCAGCAGCCAGCCACACCAGAGUUCUUACAAUGCCUUUCGACUGCACAGCCCAUGUGCACUGUAUGGAUAUAACUUCUCCACUUCUCCCAAACUAGCUUCUAGUCCUGAAAAAAUUGUCUCAUCUCAGGGAAGUUUUUUAGGCUCAUCUCCAAGUGGAACCAUGACUGACCGACAACUUCUGCCUUCAGUAGAUGGUGUUCACCUCCUUAGUGGUGCUGGACAGCAAAACUUCUUUGACUCCAGAAGUUUAGGAAGUCUAACAUUAUCAACAUCUCAAGUAUCUGCACAUAUGGUUUGACCAUGUACUCUGUAUCUAAAAGAGUUCCUUUUCGGGACUGAAUUU